CGGGCGCCGGAGGACGCGCAGCUGACGGAGCCGCGCCGCGUCCGCCUCGCUUCCCCGCCCGCCGCCCGAGCCGCCCGCGCCUCCCGCUUCCCGCCGCAGCCAGCCCGGCGGACGAGGAGCCGCCCGCGCCCCGUGCGCUCCGUCAGUCCCGGCAAACUCUCCCGCCGCCCGCGUCGGGCUCGGCAUCGAGCACCAGGGUACCAUGGGCUGCAAGACUCUCUUCGCUCUCUGCAUCUUCACAGCAGGACUGAGGGUCCAGAGUAUGCCUACACCAGCUCGCCUGCCUGUUUCUCUGCCAGAGGAGAUUACCCCACCGACAGCCGUCUGGAUCAGCUCUCCAGAAAGCCCUCCUGCCUCCCCUACCAGUGGCACGUCCAGCAACUCGGUGCCCCCAGUUACAGCAUCAGUCCAGACAGCUCCACUCCCCAAGAACGUUUCCAUAGAGCCCAGAGAAGAGGAAACCACCAACCCAACCUCGAAUUGGGAAGGCACAAACCCAGACCCCUCACCAACAAGUGGUGGGGUCCACUUAACACCCACGCCCACCGAAGACACUUCGGGCACCCCUGAAGCGAGCGUGCCAGCUACAGGGUCUCAGUCCACCACUGAGUCUCCCGUACCCACCUCCCCUCAGGCUCCAGCCUCAUCACCCUCACCCUUGUCAACCUCACCACCACCAGAGGUUCCUUCUGCCUCCAUCAGCACCAACUACAGCUCCACUGAGACCAGCACGAAGCCCACAGGAGGCCCAACCACACCAGAGUCCCCAGUGGAGGAGCACAGCUCUAGCCACACACCCACUUCACAUGCCACAGCUGAGCUAGUGCCCACAGAGACAACACCCCAAACAACUGUGCCAGCCAUAGUGACCUGUGUGCUCCUAGACAUGGAGACCACCACCUCCUCUGUGGUGAUCAUGCAGGAAGUGGAGCAUGCACUGAGUUCAGGCAGCAUCGCCGCCAUCACGGUGACCGUCAUUGCCGUCGUGCUGUUGGUGUUUGGAGUCGCAGCGUAUCUGAAGAUCAGGCAUUCCUCCUACGGAAGGCUUUUGGAUGACCACGACUACGGGUCCUGGGGAAACUACAACAACCCUCUGUACGACGACUCCUAACAGAGGAACGUGGCCUGCGAUGAGGAAGAACUGUCCUUUAUUUAUAAGUGCUUAUCCAGUAGAUUAAUAACAAGUACCUGACGCACACUGAGCGACAAUCUUAAGCCCUGUUUUGUUGGUAUGGUUGUUUGUUUUCCUCCCUCUCCACCGGCUGCUACAACUUCCCCUUUCUGGUACAAAAAGAAUCAUUCUUUAAAGGUGGGUGGAGGCUGAUUUGCAGCUGAGAUGAGCCAACCUUGAGCCAGCCAGGCCAGACCACCAUGGCGGAGGCUUCUGGACCCACCGCAGGACCCACUGCGAGAGGACUGAGGAAGAGGGAUCAAGCUGUUUGGCUGGGGGUUACUUUCAGGGGAACUUUUUGUUUGUGGUGUUUCUUAAACUUUCAUUUAGGAAAUUACAUUAAAUCUCAAUGAGGGGAAAGGAAAUGAGUACUGGGAGGACCUCCCCCUACAGAUAAGGAAGCAGGGGUUUCUCAGAUUCUUUUUCAAUCUGUUUAUCUGGUUGUGUCUGACAGGAUGCCUGCUUGGCUCUACAAGCUGGAUCCCAGCUUCUUAGCUGCCUAAUUAAUGAAAGAAGAAACUAGAAGUGCCCCGGAGGAGGCCACAGGCCGAGGGCAGAGAGGCAGGUUGCUGUCAGGUCUCAGCGUGCCCUCUACCUCUGCUCCCCUCCAGGCCACGUUUCUCUGCUAAGGAUGCCCAUUCUGGUCAACUGCAGCUGGAAUCCCAGCCCACAAGCCUUCAGCGGAGUUGUGGUUCCACAGGAGAAGGCUAUGAGAUGAGUUUAGUUAUAGAAGAGAAGUGAGAGGCAUGUGGAGUGGGUGUAGAGCGGGGAGUGGAGGGGGUGGGAGGUAAAUGAGGGAGCUGACGUGCAUCGAAUACCUCAUUAGAGAAGUGGGAAUCAGCCCUCGGUAACUGUCGGAGACAUCCAUUCCUUGGACGAGCCCACAGAAUCCUGGCUUUAUACCCACAAAGCAACUGGUUCGCUGCCUUACUGUCUGUUGGAUAAUGGCUAUAAACUGUUUUAAAAAAAAUUUUUUAAAGCGCUAGUCUAUCUGUAAUUGCUCAGUGAGGCAUUUCCAAAGGAAACAGAUACCUUGAUUAAUCCAUUUAUUUUUCCCAUACACUUACCAUGUUAAUUCUGCUGUUUAAUAAAUGAACACCCCUGGGUAUAGUCUUAAAAUUCUGCAUCACGAAUUUUAAGAACUGGUCAUCUUUGCAGGCAUCCAUUUAUUGCAGUGGUUCUCAACCAGCAGGCGACUUUGCUUCCCUCAGGGGACACUUCAAAAUAUCCGGUGAGGUUUUUGAGUGCCACAGGUUGCGGGUGCUGCUAGUGGGUGGAAACCGUGGGUGCAGUCAGCAUGCUAUGAUGCACAGAAUAGCCCACCACAACAAAGAAUUGUCUGGCCCAAACGUCAAUAGUGCUGAGUUUAAGAAGCCCUGAUUUAUUACAAUGCCCGUUGUGACAAAACGAGACAUUCCCAGAUUAGUAAUAUUUUUUAUGUUAACUAACUGAAAUGAUUUGUUCAAUUUCUAUCUAAAAAGCAUUUAGUUUGUUGGCUCAUGGGUUGUUUUUGGCAUGCAUGGUUGCCUUUUCAUUUCUGUUUUCUGGAUAGCUUUAUUUCAUGGCUCUAACUCUGUCCUCCUGUCACACCUGAUAGUAGCAACUGGCGUCUUAUGUCCUGAUUUCAUGGAAUAGAAACAUAUAUUGGGUCCUAUUACAAAAUGUGUUAUAUUGUCCUACAGUGUCAUAAAGAACUUGAAACUGGAUCAAUUUUUAUUUCUAAACUUGGACCUGCUGCCAUGACUCUGUUUAGUUUCCAGAAACUUGACCCUCAGCUCAUCCUUCCACUCGCUGUGGCCCAGCAAAGUCCUGACAUGAAAACCCCCAUUGCCAUGCUGUUCUAAACCUCCCUGGUGUCAGAGACACUAGGAUCCGUGCCACUUUCCACAACCUGCCAUCCCACACUCUGAAAAGAAAUUAUUCCUCAACUCCUUAGAUAUCAAAUGAGAGUGAGCAACCCCCAGAGGUGUUUCACAACAGGCGUGGGGAAGAAGAAGUCAGUUUCCAGGAGUUCUGAUAUAUCUGAUUAUUAAAAAACAAAACAAGUGGACACUCUCAGAAAAAUAGCCAGGAAUGAUCAAGGGUGCCCCUCUGGUCGUGCGUGGCCUGAAUAAUUGUCCCUCUUCCCCCCCUCACCCCCUUUAGACACCUUCAGUUUCCCAAAGGACAAUUCAAUAAAAGGAGGACAUUCCAUACAUAUUUUCUCCCUCAACCACAAGCAUUUUGACAAAAUGUCCACGAAACACCUUUGGAGAGGUGCUCUUCUGGAUGUUGCUUCAGUCAGAAACACUGGGUGGAGGACCGGCCUCUUCCCAGGGAAUCCUGGCCAAUUAUAAACCACAGACUCAGCAUCUUUCCUUACUAAAGACUGCUAUUGUGCAAGAGCACUUUAUGGUUUUGUUGCUCUUAUUAACUUCCAAAUCCUUAUGGCAAAGAGAGGGAUCUGGACCUAAAGCAGAUAUACUGAGCAAGGUGACAGCUUCCCGUAAAAACUCUAACACUCUUUGUUGUGUUAGUUUAAAAUAUCUAUAGGUUGAACCGUAUGUUUCCAAGUGCAUUUUUUCUGUUUUUUGAGUUGGCCACAAGGUUUUAACUGUAUUCAACAAACGUUGCUUAAAACACACACACAGCCCCCCACCCCCGAAAAAUAUGCCGAAAAUUGACGUCCUUUACCUCAGGGAGAGAGUCUGUUCGGGUCUCCUCAAGGGAAAUGGCUCCAGUGGAUCUAAAUCAAGGACAUGCCGUGCAGGGAUAGGAGUAGUCCUAGAGGGUUGGAGAGAAUGUCAGAGCAGGAGGGAGGCAAGCCGCCUCCUCUCUACCGUAGAUGGCAGAUGAGGAGAGAGUGGGACUCAACUUUGUUGUCUUUCCCCAUGGCCCUGAUGAAGUCUCCUGCUCUCCCUGGACAUCUGUGUCGUCAUUUCUUCAGUGGAGGUGAUGCCUUCAUAUUGACCUCACCCCAUGCUACCUCACAAAUGUGUUGUGAGGACUAACAAAAUCAUGUCUACAGUGUUUUCAGUUUCUGGAGAAAAAUAUUUACGGACAUUUUAAGUAUCACAUAGAUAUAUAAGGGAUCUCAGUUUCUUGUUUGUUGUUAUACUGGUGUGUUGUUUUUACUUAAAUCUAUAAAACAGCUAUAUCGUAGCCACAUCAGACAGCUGUUACAACUCUGGGCUACCCGCCAGAACAGCUGACUGACUGCAGGGUUAACCGAGCCUGGGACCACAAAGGAUGGUUUUCAUCUCCAAAUGAAAGGAUGGCCCAGGACAUAGGUCUCAUGGACUAUUGAGUUAGGAUCCAGGAGGUUGGAGUAACACAGUAUUGACACCUGAACACUAACAGCAGUAUACCUCUGGCCUUUACCAUCCUGAAGUCUUCUAGGUUCUUUGUGGGGUUAAUUUUGGUUUGAGGUCAUCUAUUUGCCCUUCAUCUUGCUUGCAAGGGUGCAUGGUUCAAUCCCUCGCAUCUGGGAAAUAAAUUUUUCAGUGGGGCCAGAUGCUAAUUUGCACGUUGGUUCACCUUCUUUGCCUUUAACCUCUUUUUGGCAAAUGAAUGUACCAUUUCAACUUUGAUUUUAAAGUGCUAGUUGAUAUUGGUAAUUGUGCUAACCAAGAGACCAAUGCCAGAUUGCUUUCUUGGGGUGAGUUAGCCGACAUUUAAAGAUAGAAAGAUGUGCAACUUCUUUGAUAUUUGAUGUCACUGUAUCUACAUUUGUUGUAAGACAUUGCAUACUAAUUAUAAUUAUAUCAAUUAAAGUUGUUAAAAGCUUG